UGAAGUCGAAAGUGGGCCAAGCCCUGCGGGGGAUUUAAACACAAGAGUUGUCGCCCUCGAGUGAGAAUCGAACAACGGCCGCAUGGUGAGCGGCAGCUCUUGUCGCCACCACCUCGGGGCGUGUAGUAGGCGUGAUGCAACGUGUAGUAAGCGUGACCCGCUGCGACGUGUUGGCAGAACAAGGGAGGGAGAAAGAGGGGGAGGAGGUGGAAGGGUGAAGCGAGCAGCAGCUCGACUCAGACUGCAGUUGCCACAUUUGGCGCGUCGUCACCUGAGUGCGCUCGGCGCGCGCGUGCGUGGCUCCGCCUCUUGGCGUCGCUGGCCAAUUGCAUUCCUCUGCUACUUCCUGCCUGUCCGCACGCUGCAGCCACUGGCCAAUCGCGUGGCGCUAUAUCGCUCCUUCCCCACCCGCCUGCUGUCUCGAGCUUGGGGUCGCGUCAACGGGGUGGAGCUUCCGACAUGGCUGCGCAAACCCGUCUACUCGCUCUACAUCUGGACCUUUGGAGUCAACAUGCAGGAAGCAGCAGUGGAGGACUUGCGUCUCUACCGCAAUCUCGGAGAGUUUUUCCGGCGCCCUCUCAAAGAGUCAGCGCGGCCGCUUUGCUCCGCCUCCUGCCUGGUAUCUCCAGCAGAUGGCAGGAUUGUCCACUUGGGUCGUGUGUUGAGUUCAGAGGUGGAGCAAGUGAAGGGGGUCACAUAUAGUCUGGAACACUUCUUGGGGCCGCAAGAUGGACACAGCAACCUGACCUCGGCCACGAGUACAGAGUCGUCGCCGUCGUCGUCGUCGUCCUUCCGGGACGGACUCCUGACGAGUCCCGACAACGACCUGUUCCACGCUGUUGUGUACUUGGCCCCCGGUGACUAUCAUCGCUUCCACUCGCCCGCCGACUGGACGGUGGCGCUCAGGCGACACUUCACAGGUUCGCUGCUGUCGGUGAGUCCGGGCGUAGCGGGCCGGGUGAAAGCGCUGUUUUGCCUAAACGAGCGCGUGGCUUUGAGCGGACGAUGGCGACACGGCUUCUUUUCCUUGACGGCCGUCGGCGCCACCAACGUGGGAUCCAUCCGCAUCUACUUUGACCAAGAGCUGCAGACGAACGCGCCCGGCGACAAAAAAGGCCAUUUCCACGACCUGCGUUAUGCGGCGGGGGCGGAGAUGGCCAAAGAGGGUGUGGCCCUGCAGCGGGGGGAGGCGGUGGGCGAGUUUAAUUUAGGCUCUACAGUGGUGGUACUCUUCGAAGCCCCCAAAAGUUUCGCCUUCAGCGUCAAGCCGGGACAAACUGUCAGAGUGGGCGAGGGGCUGGGUAGCCUCUGAUUGGCCGAACCAGCUGGGUUGAACUUGAACUUGGGGAGGAGGGCGAGAGGGGACACUUGCCCGUGGGGAAACAUUGAGGACAUAUCCCACAAUGCCUUGCAGCUGCUGUAUUGGAAAUCUUGGAAAUAAUCAUGUCAAAUCAA